CCCUGGUUUGCAUGCCCGUGCAUGCCCGUAUGUGUGUAAAUGCGACUGGAGGACCUGGACCGCUACUCGGUCGACUUCACCUUUGCUGGCGAGCUUCCCACUCCCGCCGAGCUCCUCAAGGUCGCGCGGCUCGCGGCGGACCGCGCAAACCGCGCAAACGCCGUGUCGGCGGAUGCGCCCGCAAACAACGGCGGAGCGGUCGCGGCGGUGCCCGCCAGAUCGGCGGCUCGGCAGCGGGAGGCGCCGCCGGCGCGGCCGCACAAGCGUCCACUGCCGCCGCCGAGCCAGCCGCAGCCGGCGGUGGCGCCUCCUCGCAGGCCGGAGCCUGCGCCGGCGAACGCUUGCGCUAGCAGCCAGGCCGGCGACAGCCCGGCCAAGCAGCGGCGCGCGGAGGCGAGCCAGCUGAGCGCCGCCGAGCACGCCGAGCUUCUCUCGCUCGCUGAGGCGGGCGCAGCGCCGGGCGAGGGCGGCGGCAGCGAGGCGGCGGCGCGGUACGCGGCGCUGUCGGCGCGGCUGCACAGCGAGCAGCGCACGUGGCUGAGCGAGCUGCAGUCGUCGCUGCUCUCCGAGGCGCCGUCGCGGUACACACAGCUGCCGGCCGGGACGGAGAGACUCGCCGACGAGCUUCGCGCGAGGAGCGCGCGCGCCGCCGCCUCGCGCUGCCGGCCACACUACUCGCUCCUCUCUAAGCUGGCGCGCGCCGCCCAGCCGGCAGCGGCGGCAGGCGGCGCCGCCAAGCUGCGGCAUGCUGGUCUCCCGCACUGGCGCCUCGCGCUGCCAGCCGCGCACCCGCUGCCAGAGGCGCCCCUGCUGCCGGCCGCUCCCGCGCCGCCGCCGCCGCUCGCGUCUUCCUCGGCGCCUCCUCCCCCGCCCGUCGCGUCUGACCGGAGGGCGAUGAAGGCGCGGCGCGCGAGGGCGGCGGCCUCACACGCGGCGCGCGAGGUCGGCGCCUCCUUCGUCGCCGCCUCCUCCGCGGUCGCUUACCUCGACAAGCCGCUGCCGCCAGCCACGUCGACGGCGCGCGCACGGGCGUGCCGCGCCUACUCGCACGCGCUGCGUUCGUGGCUGAGCGACGAGGGGCGGCGGCGAGGGGGCGGCGAGGGCGGCGGGCGUGAGGGCGGGACGGGCCGUGGCGGCAAGGGCUUCCGCACGCCGGAGAGGCGGCCCUUGUCGGGCCUCUCUUCACGGCUGCAGCUGUGA